ACAAAGAAUCCUGUUUAGGCUAAACAACCCUUGUGGCUGGGGAGUUGGACACCUCCAUUCUAAGUACAAUCAUGCACACAGGUCAAGAGGUGUUUAUAGCUAAAUCUAAUGCAUUAUUGACAUGACGCCACUGGCCUCUCCAAGUCGGCCAUGGCGUCACUCUUUGCACACUUGCAACUCCUGCUCCAGUUAUUAACCUUCCGGUGCUGCCGUACCUCAUGUAUACUACUAAAUCACUGCAUCCAUGGACCAAGUACUUAAAUGCUAUAUAUGCAAUCUUCAGUUGUACUUAAAUUCUAUAUAUAUGCAAUCUUCAAUUGUACUUCAAUUCAAUAUAUCUACUCUUUAAUUGUAAUUAAAUUCUAUAUAUGAAAUCAUUAAUUGUGCAAGAACCAUGGAUAUCUGCCCCCAAUCCAAAAGAUGGCCUUUGGACCAAGAACCUUGCUUGGUCCAUCUAUAUAUAUCAUUCACCACCUCUCCUUUCACCUUCCCACAUGUUCUUGCUUAAUCCUUUCACUAAAUGUGUAAACAAGUUGUCGAUGUGCCACCAUUAGAAGGAGCAUUUGCAACUUUGUAAUCACUAGCUAACUAAAAAGAGGAAGCUGUUGUAUACGUACGUGAGCGUGGGCAUGGCCGAGAAGAAGCUGGCAAUGGCGGAGAGAGGGCGGAGGGGCCUGAUCAUGAAGACGCUGGACCGGUGCCGGCCGCCGGCGUGGAGGAGGCCGGCGGAGGGGUGCCUCUCGGUGUACGUCGGCGCGGCGCGGCAGCGGUUCGUCGUCCGGACGGCGAGCGUGAACCACCCGCUGUUCCGGCCGCUGCUGGAGGAGGCCGAGGAGGCGUUCGGGUACGCGGCGGCGGGGCCGCUGCAGCUGCCGUGCGACGCCGCCGUGUUCGCCAGGGUGCUGGAGCAGAUCGAGGAGGAGGAGGAGGAGACGGCGGCCGCCGGCGACGUGGCGGCGAGGAGGUGCGGCCUCGCCGCCAGAGGGCACUCCGCCUACCGGCUGCUCGUCCCCGGCGGCCGGCCUGCCCUCGCCGGCCGGUCGUAGGACGGUGCAGACAUGCAGUGGAGUGUUUCUUGUCCAUCGACUUAUCUUGAGCUUGUGGCUCUGAUGAUAAAUCCACCUAAAUCAAUUAAUGUAUCUGCAAAUCAUGAAUAUUGCAACAAGAGGUUAGUGCUUAGUACUAGUAGUUGAUCAGAUCUUGGGCUUGAGUUUUUCUUUUGUUGAGCUCAUAUUCACAGAAGAUAUGUGUAUCUCUUAGGUCGCAGUAACUGUUGAUCAGUUGAUGCAAAUGUUAUAUAUUCAAAUUCCCUAGCUUUGGAUAUUUAUGAUACAGAUUUCCCAAGCUUUGAAUGUUUAUGAUA